CGUCAAAAUGGCGUCCUCUUUUAACAUUGUUAUUGGUCGACCCACAUUGACCGAAAUUCGAGCUGUGGUUUCCCAAUCUCACCUCUGCAUGAAAUUCCCCACUCCUAUGGAAAUAGCAACAUAGCGAGGAAACCAGGAGGUGGCCAGACACUGUUAUAUCACCUCGGUAACACAACCCAUGAAGGGCAAAACUCAGACACCCGAAGCCAUUCCCCAGCAAAUUUCUGAUAAUCAGCAAGUUAUGGGUGUUGAGAUCGUAGAUAAUCAACCGGAAGAUGAAACCAGAGCUGCUCCGGUCGAAGAUGUUGAAGAAGUGCUCGUUGAUGACAGAGAUCCGAGCCGAAAAACGCAGAUCGGAACUAGAUUGAACCCGGAGGAGAGAGCAGAACUGAUAGCUUUUCUCCGAGCUAACAAUGAUGUAUUUGCGUGGACUUCGGCAGAUAUGCCAGGAAUUCCAACUUCAGUAUAUCAACAUAAGCUCAGUACCAACCUGUUGAAGAAACCAGUGGCCCAGAAGCGCAGUCUCUUCGGGGGGGAGAGGCUUCAGGCUAUUAAAGAAGAGGUAGAGAAACUCCUACAAGCUGGUUUUGUCCGGAAAGUUGAUCACUGUGAAUGGGUGGCUAACCCAGUUCUGGUGAAGAAGGCCAAUGGCAAAUGGCGAAUGUGUAUUGAUUACACAAAUCUUAACAACGCCUACCCCAAGGAUUGCUAUCCAAUGCCGAGCAUUGACAAACUAGUUGAAGCGGCUUCAGGCAAUGAGACGUUAAGCCUCUUGGACGCAUAUUUGGGGUAUCACCAGGUGCCAAUGGCUCCAGAAGACGAAGAGAAAACUGCGUUCUAUGCUGGCGAUGAAAUUUAUUGUUAUGUCAUGAUGCCGUUUGGCUUGAAGAAUGCAGGUGCUACUUAUCAGAAAAUGGUGACCAUUGUCUUCCACGCCCAGAUUGGCAAGAACCUGGAAGUAUAUGUCGAUGACAUUGUAGUAAAGAGCCUCAAAGCAGAAGACCAUCUCGCCGACCUCGACGAAACCUUUAACAACCUCAGAAAGAACAGGAUGCGGUUAAAUCCAGCCAAAUGCAUUUUUGGAGUGGAGUCCGGCAAAUUUCUAGGUUUCAUGGUGUCCCGAAGGGGAAUUGAGGUCAAUCCAGAGAAGAUCAGAGCAAUUGCCGAGAUGGAACCGCCGAAAUCAGUGAAGGAUAUACAAAGGCUGACUGGAAGGGUGGCAGCUCUGCAUCGGUUCAUAUCGAAGUAGCAGAUAAAUGUCUACCGUUUUU